CAUUAGCUUUGCUUGAUUUUCUUGUAUUGUUAUCUCUCUCGUCUUAACCAACUUCAAAAUGGGCUCUCGAACUUCCGUUUCUAUAUUUUUCCUUUGGUUUUUCACCGUUGACGACUGGUUUCCUCAAUCGGGUUUUGCUUCAUUUUCCUCAUCCUUUUCUCUAUGUAGUUGACCGUCUUUUAUUUGCCUUAUUUUCAUUGCUGCCGUUUUUUAAGCUCUUAAUCGAAUUCCUAUGGUCAAGUCACUCUUCUGCUGCUCUUCAAUUUCUCAUUGUUUUUCCCAUUCAAGUUUAUUGAUUCACUUUCCCUUUUUUUGUAGAUUUUUCUAGUGGGAAUCCAAAAAAGAACUGGUUUUUAGCCUUUUAAAGUUCAAACAAUGAAGUGUUUUCACUAUUUCAAGGACAAGUCUAGAAGCAGGGGACAAAGAUCAGCCCCAGAGUUGAAAGGAGAACGGAAAUCAGAGGAAUAUUCAGGGCCUGAUCGGAUCACAAAGUCCUCAUGCUCAGCAGCUUCUCCACGUAGCAUACCAGAGUUGUAUGAAGAGAAAGCUCACAAUUUGCGGGUCUUCUCUUUCUCAGAGCUUAGACAAGCCACUCGUGACUUCAAUUUGCUGCUUAAGAUUGGCGAAGGCGGCUUUGGAAGCGUCUAUAAAGGUACAAUCAAGCCUGCUGAUGGAAAGGGUGAGCCAGUGGUGGUUGCUAUUAAAAAGCUUAACAAAAAUGGCUUGCAGGGACAUAAGCAAUGGGUGGCAGAAGUUCAGUUUCUUGGUGUUGUUGAGCACCCCAAUCUCGUCAAACUCAUAGGAUACUGUGCUGUGGAUGGAGAAAGAGGGAUCCAGCGUCUUCUGGUAUAUGAGUUUAUGCAACACAAGAGCUUAGAAGAUCAUCUUUUCCGUCGGGCACUCCCGCCUCUUCCUUGGAAAACAAGAUUGCAGAUAAUACUUGGAGCUGCUGAAGGAUUAGCAUAUCUGCAUGAAGGUUUAGAAGUUCAGGUAAUAUAUCGAGAUUUCAAAGCCUCCAACGUGUUACUGGAUGAGAACUUCAAUCCAAAGCUUUCAGACUUUGGGCUUGCUAGGGAGGGGCCAAUGGCUGGGCACACACAUGUUUCAACAGCCGUUGUCGGGACUUAUGGUUAUGCUGCUCCUGAUUACAUUGAGACAGGACAUCUCACGGACAAGAGUGAUGUAUGGAGCUUUGGAGUGGUAUUAUAUGAGAUUCUUACUGGCAGGCGAUCAUUGGAAAGAGGACGUCCAAAAGCAGAGCAGAAGCUCUUGGAUUGGGUGAAACUGUUCCCUGCUGAUAGUAAAAAGUUCAGCUUAAUAAUGGAUCCUCGACUUGAAAACCAGUUUUCCAUUGGAGCAGCUCGAGAAAUUGCUAAGUUAGCAAACACUUGUUUAUUAAAAAGUCCCAAGGACCGACCCAAGAUGAGCCAGGUGGUGGAGAGAUUGAAGCAGAUAAUCCAAGUUUCAAAUGAAGGAAACUCUCAGGAGAUUGAGGGUCCUGAGGUAACUGAAAUUGAACCAGCUGAAACAGAAAAAAAUUCAAACCAUUUCAGUGUCUCCGAAUCAUGGAAAAGGCGGAUGGCACACCUUGCAAAAUUGGGUGAGCAUGUUGAAGGUGCAAACAGGAGAUUGAUGAUGUUGCAGAGGGCCAAAGUGCCUUGACUUCUCUCCUUUUCUUUUCCUCCCCUUCUAAUGGUGGUCUAGUCUGUAAAAUAAUAGUAUAAGAAAACUAUAAAUCAUUGAUUGCCAUGGAAAAUAUGGAUCUGCCAUUUACAUCUGAUCUCUACUGUGGAGUAUCCUCUGAAAAAAAAUGACAAAAGUGAAAAUUGAUGAUACAACAAGUGGAAUCUGAGGGUUCAUUCAAUCGGACAAGUCAAGUGCUUUCAAGUUCAAACCCUCUAGUCCCUGAAAACAGAACAAAAUGGCUGCAGCCCAAGAUUAAUUAUAACGUUCAUUGCCUCAAAAUUUCAGGAAUACGAGAAAUGAUAAAUCUUUGAACAUUUUCCAUUAAUGAAAUCUGCAACAAUCCGAUGCUCUACUGAAAGUAGGAUCCAGGUUCUACAAUUAGGAAGCUUUGCAGCCAUGUAUUAACAUGAAGGGUAGGGAGAGGUCGACACAAACUUAAGGGGAGAAUUGAAAAAGAAGGUGAUUGAACAAGUUGUUUCUUAACGUUUCCUUCUUUUGCAAAUCAGAUAAAAUCCAUUGAGGAUUAUUUAUACUGGUUCACCGUCCAACAUAGCAAUGGAAAAACAUGUUCAGAACAAUAUUCUGGAUCCAUGGGAUAAAUCUAAGCGGCAAUGAGGCAGGUUUAAGGAAGAGAAAAAGGAAAAAUGACUGCAAGCAUAUCUGCAAAUGAGUUUGCAUGGAUAAAAACAAAACCCGAGUGAUGAUUAAAUACUUUCACUUCACUUCCUUCAUGCACUGAUAAGACUCCAGGUUUCAAUUUUGCGAUUGUUGCUUCAUGUCCCGGAAAAACACCCAUCUGUCCGAUUGUGGCUAGUUAUUUUCACGAGGCCAUUACCCUCUCUCUGCAAAACUAAUUUAUUGAGGCGCGCAACGCCAACGUUUACAUGCCUUAGUGACUUUUUCUUUCCUAUCCAACGUGGGUUUGAAACACCCUGCGACAUUGGAUCGAAGCACCCUUCUUUCUAUUUUGAAAUGUUUAUCGUGACAGUCACCCUCACCUACUGCUUACUCUUUUAGAGCAUUUAACGUGACAUUCUCAGUCUCGUGACGCUCUUGUCAAGGCUGCCACUCUAUCUGGCUCUUCUUUGGAAUGUUUGACAUGGUUAGACUGACCCACCUGAUCUACCUCCAUUGGAGUGCUUGGCGUAGAAUCUAACAAGUCAAGGGUUGAAUUUGAUAUCACUUGCCACGUGGCCAUUAUCCUCUUUCUACAAAAUCAACUUAUUGGGGUUUGCAACGCUAACACUUAUAUGUCUUAGCGACCUUCAUUUUUCUAUCCAAUGUGGAAUUGAAGCACCUUAUGUAUUCUUUCAUGGCAUGACUAUAACCAUGCCAACCUGGAGACAGAAAAGUUAUGAGAUGCAGAAUCCAGCAAAUUUACAACAUAUUUUAGCCAUUAUCAUUUUUCCUUCAUCCAUUUCACUUUUCUUUUUUUGGUCAAGUAUUAGACCAUACUUAUGGGCACUAAAGAUACCAUUGAAAGUUGCAUUUCAAUUUCAAUUUAAAUAGGCUUAACAUUCAUGGAACAACCUACCUUGCUCCCAUCAUAACACACACCUCUCUCUCUCUUAUAGUUCCCAUGUAGCAACAUAUAU